AUCUUUCCUGGAAUCGAACAUUAUCAAUGAACGAUCGUGAGGCAUAACCAUGCCUAUCAAAGCUACCCGAAAGACACAGUAGAUUAGACCCUCAGCUGAAGCACAUCUUCAAAGUCUAUCCCUUUUGCAUUAGACGAACAUGAUAAGAUUACAGGGACUCAGUUUAAACCCAUACAAUCCAAUUAUAACAUAUCGGAUGGAAGUUUGGAAUCUUUUCCGGGGAAAAAUCUGAACUUUACAUGGAAAGCAAACGGCCACUUUAUAUUGCAGACGCAGAUUUCGAUUCUAUUCCUGAAACGGCGGAGGAGGGGGCUGGGAGGGAAGGCAACAACAGGAGAAGUGGGCAGGAGGGCCGACACCAAACAUCCUCCUCUCCGUUUGCUGCGCUCUCGACGAUGUCGACUUACGACCAGGAGCUCGCCGCCGCCAGGAAAGCCGCCUCUCUCGCUGCCCGCCUCUGUCAGAAAGUGCAGAGGGCACUCUUGCAGUCAGAUGUUCAGUCAAAAUCCGACAAGACUCCUGUCACCGUGGCCGAUUAUGGCUCGCAAGCUCUUGUUAGUUUCAUUUUGCAACGGGAACUUCCAUCAGAAAAUUUCUCUCUAGUGGCCGAAGAGGAUUCAGGAGAUCUUCGUACGGCCAGUGGAACAGAAACGCUUCGCCGCAUCACUGAAGUUGUGAAUGAAACUCUAGCAAAUGACGGUUCCUACAGUUCUACUUUAUCAGCAGAAGACAUCCUUGCGGCAAUUGAUAGUGGUAAAUCUGAAGGCGGUCCUGUGGGCCGACAUUGGGUCUUAGAUCCCAUAGACGGCACCAAAGGGUUCUUGCGAGGUGAUCAGUAUGCAAUAGCUUUGGGUUUGCUAGAUGAGGGCAAAGUAGUAUUGGGAGUCCUUGCUUGUCCCAAUCUUCCCUUAGCAUCCAUUGCAGGGAAGGAGGAUUCAAACAAAGGUGUUGGCUGCUUGUUCUUUGCAAAGAUCGGUUCAGGAACCUAUAUGCAGUCACUUGAUGGUUCAUCACCUGUAAAGGUGAAUGUCUCUGCUACUGAGAACACUGAAGAUGCUUCCUUUUUUGAAUCGUAUGAAGCAGCACAUUCCAUGCAUGAUUUAACGAGCUCCAUCGCAAAGAAACUCGGAGUUAAAGCCCCACCAGUCAGAAUGGAUAGCCAGGCGAAAUACGGGGCUCUCUCCAGGGGGGAUGGAGCUAUUUACAUGCGCUUCCCCCACAAAGGUUACCGCGAGAAGAUAUGGGAUCAUGCUGCUGGAUGCAUUGUUGUGACUGAGGCGGGAGGUGUGGUCACAGAUGCUUCGGGUCAACCUUUGGACUUCUCAAAAGGGAGGCAUCUCAAUCUUGACACAGGAAUCGUCGUCACCAAUCAGAAGUUGAUGCCUCUGCUGCUGAAGGCAGUGAGAGAAUCCCUGGAGGAGCAAGUUUCUUCCUUAUGAUGAUAUUAGUUCGGUGGUUGUCAGCAGUUAUAACAGUGAUGCCUUCUUUGUUUUGCAAAUGUCCUCAUAAGAGAGAUAUCCUGUAUGAUUGAAAUUCUCUGGCAAUAAAUAUAUGUUUUGAAACUCCCAA